AUGUUGCUUACAACUAUCCUGACAGGUCACUAUGCUGCUCUCAACCUCAAGGAGCGUCUCUCAAGAUCAGACUGCCCCUCUACUCGUUACGAAAACACAAAAGCUUUUAUAGUAGGAAACCGUUGCGGUCCUUUAAGAUACUACAAAGGCGAACAUCCAGCUGCAAUGCAGCAUGGCGGCCAGCUGAGGCAUGAGUACCCUCUGACAGCGGUUUUGCUCAGCAUUCUGAUUCAUCAUAUUACAAGUGACGUGGAGUCAACUUCAGACAAUGUGGUGCUUGAUGUAUGACACUAUCGUGUUUUGUUUCACUUGUUAUUGGACGAAUGGGAUCAUACUAAGCAUUAUUGAUUGUAUGUAAUACAAAUACUUCUAUGAAUGCUGUAAGAUAUGUUAAUUUACACAUAAAUUACGUUAAUUCCUUUUGUUAAUGUUGAUGUAGUUAGGAAAAAUAAAUCUAUGACUAGUUGAGUCAUUUUGAAAGAAACUGAAAUGUGUGUGCCGUGGUGAAUUUUAGGCAGAAAUCGCUUGUGGGUCUCUCUAAUAUAAGGAAUACUUUCACACCCUACCGGUGUGACGGUCGAGU